AUGGCUCCCAAGGCUCGCAAAGGCGAUGCCGCCGCGUCUGCAAACGGCGGCGGCGAUGCGGGCGACGAUCUAAUGGCGUGGGUGGCGAAGAGUCGCAAGCUGGACGAGAAGCGGCGCGCGGAGAAGGAGAAGGCGGAGCGCAUGGCGCGUAUGCUCGCCGACCAGGACGACGCGGCUGCGGAGGAGGAGGAGGACGACGAGGAGGAGCAAGGAGGAGGGUGGCAGCGGUCAUCGCGACCCGAUCGAGUCGACUUGCAAGCCCAUCCGCACACACCUGUCAUGCGUGCUUCCUCCUGCUGCCUCUUCCUCGCCCACCACCCACGUCGUGCCGUUGAACUCUCCUCCUUCCCCUCACUCUCCUCCCCCGUCCCAAACCCUCGCUCUGUCUCGUCCCAUCGCCAACUACCUCACUCCCUCACCCAUUCCCUCUCCUUCUCUCCCCCCGUUAUCUCUCCUGUCCUGCCUCCUGCCGUACGCCCUUCCGCCCCAACCCCCCUGGUCCGUGGCGAGCGUGCAGGCGACCUGGCGGGGCUGAGGGUGCGGCACGGGGUGGGCGCAGUGCUGCAGGAGGGCGCGGCCGUGGUGCUCACGCUCAAGGACGCCUCCAUCCUCGCGGGGGAUGAUGUCAAUCAAGAGGAGGACGAGUUGGAGAACGUGGAGGUGGCGGAGCAGAGCCGGCGAGACAAGGCGUACCGCGCUGCUAAGAAGACCACCAGCAUUUCCGACAAAUUUGCGGAGGACGAGGGAGAGAAGAAGCCCAUGCUGCCGCAGUACGACGACGGGCACGACGACGAGGGCAUAGUGCUGGACGGGUCGGGCGGGCUGGAUGAGGCCACUCGCUCGCGACUGGACCAGGUGAGGGCACGGGGGAGAGGCGAGGGGGAGAGGCGAGGGGGAGAGGCGAGGGGGAGAGGCGAGGGGAGAGGCGAGGGGAGAGGCGAGGGGAAGAGGCGAGGGGAGAGGCGAGGGGAGAGGCGAGGGGAGAGGCGAGGGGAGAGGCGAGGGGGAGAGGCGAGGGGAGAGGCGAGGGGGAGAGGCGAGGGGGAGAGGCGAGGGGAGAGGCAAGGGGGAGAGGCGAGGGGGAGAGGCGAGGGGGAGAGGCGAGGGGAGAGGCGAGGGGGAGAGGCGAGGGGGAGAGGCGAGGGGGAGAAGCGAGGGGGAGAGGCGAGGGGGAGAGGCGAGGGGGAGAGGCGAGGGGGAGAGGCGAGGGGGAGAGGCGAGGGGGAGAGGCGAGGGGGAGAGGCGAGGGGGCGAGGCGAGGCGAGGCGAGGGGGAGAGAGGCGGCGAGGAGGAGAGAGAGGGGAUGAAAGGCGGGGCAGCAAUGCACAUUCCGAUUUCUUCUCUUCCCCCUCCCAGGAUCCCCUUCAUCACCAUUCAACUUCCGCCCGUCCCCCCCACUGCACAUUUCUCUCCCCCGAUGCUUGUGCACGUGCGAACCUUGUGCGCAGCAGGCUGCAGGGCGCAGCCAGCGCGCUCCCCCCUGCCCCCCAUGCGCUGGGCAGCACCACGUUCGGGGGAGGGGCGGAUGGGACAAGCUUCGCCGCCCCAAAGGUGGCGAGCGACUUCCUGACGGCGGAGGAGAUGGAGCAGCGGCGGGCGGCAGCACAGUUCCGAAAGCCAAAGCGGAAGAAGGAGAGCCGAAGGCGACGAGGGGGGGAGGAGGGGGGUGAGGAGGGGGAGGGUGGAGCAGGGGAGGGAGGAGGGGGUAUGAUCAAGAAGAAGAGGAAGAAGGAGAAAUUGGAUUUGGAUAAGCUAGAGGCGCAGGCUCGGGCGGCAGGUUUAGGGAGAGGUUCGGAUCUGGGGAGGAGGGACGGGGAGGGAGGGACGGGGGUGACGGCGAGGCGGAGGGAGGAGCAGGCAAGGGAGGAGAGGGGUGGGCGGGCGGCGUAUGAGAGCGCCAAGGCCAAGGCGAUGCAGGCCUCGAUGGUGCUGAAGGGGGAGAGGGAAGGGGGCGCAGGGGAGGAGGGUGGAGUGGGUGGCAGGGAGGAGAGGGGGGUUGUGAAAGAGGAGAUGGAUGUGCAUGGGCGCGUGGGGGGGACGGGUGGGUGGGAGGAAGGGGGUGGAGGGACAGUGGUGAAGAGGGAAGAGGAGGAGCAGGAGAAGGGCGAGGGCGAGGAGGCGGGACGGGAGGGGGAAGAGGAGGAGGAAGAGGUGGAGGAGGGGGAGGGGGAUGACACGGUGGUGAUAGGCGAUGACGAUGAGGACCUGCAGCGGUCGCUGCAGCGCACCCGACAGCUCGCCCUCAGGCGCCGGCAAGACGAGCUCGCCGCUGCUGCCAGGGCCGCUGCCGCUGCUGCUGGGGAUGGGGGUGGGGAUGGGGGUGACGUGGGGAAGGUGAAAGAGGAGGCGGACGUGGGAGCCGGGAGUGGUGCGGGCAUUGCGGGGGUAAGCCCAGCAGUGAGGGGCGAGGCUCUGGUGCUGGCGCGGGUGAAGCAGGUGGGGCGGGUGAGGAGGCGGGGGGGGCGACGGGGAAGGGGAGGGCGUGGAGGGUGGGGAGGGAGAAGGCGCGGAGGGCGUGGGGCGCGGGCUUGUGUUCAGCGACACGGGGGAGUUCUGCCGCGGCUUGCAGCUGGAUGA